AUGGCACUGAGAAGACAGAGACGCGUGCGAACCUUCCAAGAGCGGAAGAAUGUCUUUGAAAUGUUUGAUGACUUUCAGUUAAUUAAACGAUAUAGACUGGACAGAGCAGGAAUCAUAUUUGUCACUGACUUAGUGAGAGAUGUCAUCUCACCAUCAACUACACGCAGCAACGCCAUCCCAGCUGAAUUAAAAGUAGUGCUGAUGCUUCGUUUUCUUGCUACAGGAAAAAUGCAGCAGUGUAGUGCUGAUGAUUUGGGACCAUCCCAACCAACAAUUAGCCGAGUUGUCAUGCAAACAAUUAUGGCACUUACAGCGCGACACAUUGUCACCCGUUUUAUUGACUUUCCAACAACACCCCGUGUCAUCCAACAGAAGCAAACCCAGUUUAUGCAGAUAGCUGGAUUUCCAGGAGUUGUAGGUGCAAUUGAUGGCACUCACAUAAAGAUCAUUGCUCCCAGCAUUAAUGAGGAUGUUUAUGUGAACAGAAAGAGGUACCACAGCAUCAACACUCAAGUUGUGUUUGAUGCAGAAUACAACAUUUUAGAUGUUGUACCCAAAUGGCCUGGGUCAACCCAUGACGCUCGGAUUUUCACUGAAAGCGGCCUGAACAAACUCUUUGAAACAGGACUUGUGCCACCCGGAUGUCCUCUUUUAGGUGAUAAAGGAUAUCCCUUACGCAGGUGGCUGCUCACACCGUUUUCCAGAGCAGUGACGGAAGCCCAAAUCAACUACAAUAGGGCACACCGUUCUACACGAAGUGUGGUAGAAAGAGGGAUUGGCCAGUGGAAGCGCAGAUUCCACAUUUUACAUUCUGAAAUUCGGUACAGUCCGGAAAAAGUGUGCCGAAUCAUAAUGGCAUGUGAAAUUCUGCAUAAUAUUUGUAAGAAGCGCAACAUCCCUUCCCCCCCAACACUGGAGAACCGUGAUGAUGGUGAUGAAGAUGGAGAUGAGAGCACCCCUGCCAGCACACUUCCUGUAUGUCAUUCGGGAGUGAGUCCUCUACCAGACCUCCUUCAGACGCCCACUCUUCCUCCGGCCAGUCAUGACUUGAGGUGUUUGGAAGCUCGGUCAAAAACGGAGGAGCAGAUGGAGAACCUGUGCUCAAGCCAGCAGGGUCCAUAG